AUGGUGCUCUUGAGCAAUCCACUGGUGCUUGGAGCUGUGGUGCUUUCCCUGUUGCUCUGGGCAGUGUUGGGGCGAGUGAGACUGAAGCGCCACGGGUCAGCUCUAAGGUACGGUAACUUGAUAAGCUGCGACGAGUACUUGCAUUCGAUGAACAACACAGCUCACACCUUUCAGAAACGCCCCCAACACCUGGCCUGUUGUCGGAAAUGGCUUAAUCUUCAUCCAAGCCCGCCAGAAACUUUUCCGAUACUUCGUCACAUGUGAGCGUCUUCAUGGCUACGAGACACUCCAGAUUGCUGUGCCUAGCCUCCCUCCUGGUGUCAUCAUCAGUGAUCCUAAAAACCUUGAAUAUGUUUUCAAGCAUGAAGGCAUCUUUGCCAAGGGCUCUUUUGUAAAGGAAAGGUCUUGGGACCUCUUCGGAAACGGCAUCAUCAAUGCCGAUGGCGAUCUUUGGAAAGUGCAAAGAAAGGCUGGGCUCAGCUUUCUGAGCACAGCAAAUCUCAAAAUAUUGACGCAGAUCGCCUUGCCGCGGUAUCUUGCGCAGAGUGUGGCACACCUCAAGUCGCAGUGCGGGGGGGCUGUCGUUGACUUGCAAGCUGUCUUGCAUGAGAUCACCACCCGAUUGAUGGGCGACAUGGCAUACAACAUGGAAAUGCACGCCGAUGACGAAUUCAGCAAAGCCUUCGACCACGCCUCCGGCGCAACGGCCGAGAGGUUUCAAAACCCGUUGUGGUUCAUUACGGAGAUAUUCCUCGGUGGCACCUUGAGAAAGAACCUCCAGAUCGUCAAGUCUUCUGGCGCCAAAAUGGUGGACAAGGCCGUUCGUGACAGAGAAUCUGCAGCUACGUCAUCCACAGGAGGUAGUGGAACCGGUAUCGUCGACAAAUCUCAGCAUAUCGAGGGCAGCCUGAUCCAGUCGUUUCUUGACGCCAUUGGCGACAAGAAAAUGGUAGCAGACGCCGCGCUCAACUACCUUUCAGCUGGCCGCGACACGACUGCCCAAGCACUGACUUGGACCUUUUACCUGCUAAUGAGACAUCCGCAUGUGCUAGCCAAAGUACGACAGGAAGUGGGGAGACCGUUUGAUGGUGACCGGGAUAUAGCAGACUUGCCAUAUACCCACGCCGUGUUCAACGAGGCCCUCCGCCUGUACCCGCCGAUUCCGUUUGAGAUUAAGCAAGCUAUCGAACACACGACGCUUCCCGAUGGCACCUUUCUCCCAAAGGGGUCAGUCGUUGUAUGGUGCCCGUGGGCAAUGAAUCGUUCCUAUACGACGUGGGGUGCAGAUGCAGACGACUUCCGGCCGGAGCGGUGGCUAGAGGACGGCAAGGUAGCGAACCGGAGCGCAGCUGAAUUCCCCGUCUUCAACGGUGGGCCUAGGACAUGCUUAGGAAAGAGGAUGGCUGAGGUCACGGCCGUCCAUGUUAUCGCCGUAAUGGGAUCGACGUUUACCUUUGAGCCUACUGGCCAUGAAGAAAGAGUCAGCAAGAGCAGUCUGACUCUGCCGAUGAACGGCGGCCUACCCGUGAGGGUCAUGGAGAAUCAGCUGUAGACACCGAAAAUCAAGAAACAAACAGC